AUGCAAUCACGACUGUCUCGAGUCCCCUUCAAAGCUAGGGAGUCCAUAUUCACAGGGAAUCCAGACAUCUACCGCGGAGAUAUCCAAUCAGCAUGUCCCGCCGCGCUGGCCGAGUGUGUAAUGGCAUUGGAGGAUUGUUGCGAGGAGACAUACGAGUCUGAAAAACUUGUGCGGGAUGGGACGCGCGACCUACCACGCAUGUCGCGUGUUCUCGACAACGAAAGAGUUUUCUUGUUGGUGGAUGAAGGGACGAUCAGAAGAUACAAAGCCGAUUUGAUAGAUGAAGUUGAGCCCGCAAUAAACGAACUGAUCGAACGGGCAGAGCAGGGGUUGGAGAGGAUGCAGAAGAAGGAGAGCGUGCUCGAAGCCAAGCUGGAGGCUGUGCAGACGCGUCCCGCGAAACCAGCAAUUGGCACGAAUGUAACGCAUAAACUCGAGAUUCGCCGUCUUCAAAUGCUUAAGAAACAAAGGGAGAAACUUGAGGAGGAAGCCAGAGCUUUAGAGGUUGAAAUCCAGGCGAUGGAGGCAUCACCGAGGAAGAGGAUACGCUGA